AUGCUCGCCCUGCGCCUCCUCUUCGCGUGCCCCAGCAAUGCACCCAGGCUGCACGCCCCAGCUGUCCGCGUGCCCAGGCAGUUCGAGCGCCCAGGUAGUGUACAAACCAAUUUGUGCAUCAUCAGAACAGAAGGCAAAGAAGCAACUCGUGUUUGCAAUAAACAAGCUGAUGUGGUUGGCUUGCCUCUUCAUUCCUAUGUGGUGGUUGGCCCUGAGGAAAGGUUGGAGUCGAAGUUGCACAACAUAAGGAGAGCUAAGACCCUUUCUCGUUCUUUCCCGAAGUCUAUGGCCUCGGAUACAGAGAUAUGUAAUGAAAAACAUAAGAGGAUGUAUGCGACGUUGGUUUCAGACCUUGCCAUUUUCACUGUAAUUGCCCCCAAGCCUUUCGGUAGUGAGAAAUUAAUUGAUCAUGGUAUAAUUAAAUGGCCAGAGUGUCUAGGAGGAGCAGAUGAAUUGGGCCGCAGAACCAGUAAAUUCUGGGGCUUCCACACUGACGGCAACAGGCCAAAUUCACGGAGAAUAGUUGCUGAAAAGUACAACAAGCCCAUUUGA